CGCUGCGCACACUUUGGCGCAGGAAAGACGCACACGCUGGUGAUGUGAACUUGCGGCAGAACGAGAGCGCACCUCCAACUGCAGAGCAGAGGAUCGCCUCCUCAGACCUUUGUUUGACACAAGCGGAUGUGCGUUCUCCUCCACUAAGAGAGUCCCCGCGCGCGCGCGUCGCGCAGCACAUUUGAGCGCUUUUUUUCAUGGAGACCCACAGAUGACAAGACCUGCGCGCUCAGCAUCUACACGGGGAUCUCUAACGUGGAAUUAUGGCGAGACGGAGGAGGGGAGCUCACCUCCUCGCCGCGUUCUUCGCUUUGUCGAUGGCACUUUUCGGGGACGCAAACGGCCAGGAGGCUGUCACAGGUUUUAGUUUGAGCCCUCCGUAUUUCAACCUCGCCGAGGGGUCGCGAAUCUCUGCCUCGGCAACCUGCGGUCAGGAUGAGGCGGGGACCCCGAGAUAUGAUUUGUACUGUAAGCUUGUCGGAGGACCGAACUUCGUACUUCCUACUCAAAAUUCUCAGGGUCAGUUCUGUGAUUACUGCAACUCCGUUGAUCCGAGCAAAGCCCGCCCGGUGACCAACGCCAUUGAUGGGACCGAGCGGUGGUGGCAGAGUCCUCCCCUGUCCAGGGGGCCGGGGUACAACGAGGUGAACGUUACCCUAGACCUUGGGCAGCUCUUCCAUGUGGCGUACGUCCUCAUCAAGUUUGCUAAUUCACCUCGUCCUGACCUUUGGGUGCUUGAGCGAUCCGUGGACAACGGGAGAACAUUCACCCCGUGGCAGUAUUUUGCACAUUCCAAGCGUGAGUGUAUUGAAAGGUUCGGAAAGCAGCCCAAUGCUCGUAUACUUAAUGAUGAUGAUCAGCGCUGCAUGACAGAGUACUCACGGAUUGUGCCUUUGGAGAAUGGAGAGAUUGUGGUGUCCCUGGUCAAUGGUCGGCCAGGGUCCAAAAACUUCACCUACUCACCAGUGCUGCGAGAUUUCACAAAGGCCACCAACAUCCGCCUACACUUCCUCCGCACCAGCACCCUGCUGGGCCACCUCAUCUCCAAGGCCCAGAGAGACCCCACUGUAACACGCAGGUACUACUAUAGUAUCAAAGACAUCAGCAUCGGUGGACGCUGCGUUUGUCACGGGCAUGCAGAGGUGUGUGGUGGGGGGCAUUACCCAGACAACCCAAACAGACUCCAGUGUGAGUGCCAGCACAACACCUGCGGCGACUCGUGUGACCGCUGCUGUCCAGGUUUUAAUCACAAACUGUGGCGUGCCGCAACUGUCAGCAACCCGAAUGAGUGUCAGGCCUGCCAGUGUUUCUCCCAUGCCUCGGACUGUUAUUAUGAUCCAGAGGUGGAAAAGAGGGGAGCAAGUUUAGACACCUUCGGCAGGUACGACGGAGGGGGCGUGUGCAUCAACUGCCAGCACAACUCUGCUGGAGUGAACUGUGAGCGAUGCCUUGAAGGCUUCUACAGACCUUAUGGAAUACCUCCUGAGUCUCCCAGUGGAUGCAUACCCUGCACGUGUGAUGAAAGGACAGCAGCUGGCUGUGAAAUGGGGUCUGGAAGGUGCAUCUGCAAGCCACAAUUUGCUGGAGAAAACUGCGAUCGUUGUGCUGAAGGAUACUAUUACUACCCCCAGUGCAUUCGAUAUCCCAUAUACCCGACGACCACCAAAUCCCCUGCAGGUCCUAUUGUGGACCCCACCACUUGCCCGCCAGGUUAUUUCGGCCCACCCACCUGUCAGCAGUGUAUAUGUGACUACAGAGGGACCGGGUAUAGGGUAUGCGAUGCUUCAGGGCGCUGCCUGUGCCGUCAGGGUGUGGAGGGGGAGCGAUGCAACCGCUGUCAACCUGGAUACCACUCUUUCCCAAACUGCCAAGCGUGUCUCUGUGAUGGGGCUGGUGUGGCCGACAGUGUCUGCAGUCCAAGUGGACAGUGUAUCUGCCUGUCCAACUUUGGGGGGCAAGAGUGUGAUGGGUGUGCUCCAGGCUACUAUGGAUACCCAGACUGUGCUGCCUGCCGAUGUUCACCUGAGGGCUCGCAUGGUAACAUAUGCAACCCAUUGUCGGGUCAGUGUCUUUGCCUGCCGGGUGUGGUGGGCCAGCAGUGUGACCACUGUGCCUCUGGACUCAGGUUCCCUCAGUGUGCAGCCCCCAUUAGUCAGUGUAAUGUGGCAGGAACCGAAGUCGCCAAUCCUCAAACGGGCUCCUGCCAGUGUCUACAAAACGUAGGGGGAACCCUGUGCGACAGGUGUAAACCUCUCUACUGGAAUCUGGCUACAGACAAUCCUCAUGGCUGCAUAGCGUGUCGGUGUGAUUUGAAAGGGACGCUGAGUGGUGUUGGAGAGUGUGAACAGAAAAGGGGACAGUGUCACUGUAAGCCUAAUGCAUGUGGACAUUCCUGUGACACCUGUAAGGAUGGAUUCUUCUUGCUGCAGAAAAAAGACUAUUUUGGAUGUCAGGGUUGUCAGUGUGAUGUAGGUGGAGCCAUCGACACGGCUUGUGAUGAGAUAUCAGGACGGUGUCGAUGUCGGAAGAAUAUAGUUGGCCUUAAAUGCACUGAGCCAGCACCAAGCUACUACUUUCCUACGUUGCACCAGCUGAAGUUUGAGGUUGAGGAUGGCACCACGCCAAAUGCCAGACCAGUACGCUUCGGUUAUAACCCCCAAGAGUUCCCAGAUUUCAGCUGGCAAGGUUAUGCUGUUAUGUCCCCUGCACAGAGUGAAGUCAGAGUAACCGUGCAUGUUGACCCAAAAGAAGGGACGCAGCACUUAUUCCGUGUGGUUCUGCGAUUCAUUAACACCGGCAGCACCAGUGUGACUGGUAGCGUCAAGGCUACCAAUAACAGAGGCACUGCAGGGUCGGACCAGAGUAAGGAUGUAAUAUUCCCUGAGAGCCGCUCCCCAUCUUUCCUCACUGUCCCAGGAGAGGGCUUUGCCGAGCCCUUCGCUUUGACUCCUGGGAAAUGGAUCUUUCAUAUAAGGGCAGAGGGGAUAUUGCUGGACUAUUUAGUGCUGCUGCCCAGCGAUUAUUAUGAGGCACCUCUGCUGCAGGAAAAGAUCACCCAGCCCUGCACUUACCUACCCACCGCCAACAGCAACACAAACUGUCUAUUGUUUAAGCAUGUGGCCAUGGAGGGCUUUAGCUCUGCACUGGGCACACAGGGAAGACUUUCCAGCCGCAGUGGCCGCAGGAGGAGGCAGGCUCGCGUGCGGCGUCCCACACCAGAUCACCCAGAGAUGGCUGCUCUCAAUGGCAGACAGUCUCAGCUUCAGCUCAGUUUGCGUGUUCCUCGCUCUGGCCCAUAUGCCCUUGUCCUGGAGUAUGCCAGCGAGGUGGACGCUGUCCAGAAUGUCAACAUACUCAUCAGUGGCCAACCAGAUGUUCUGAUCCCGGCCAGGGCUAAUAUUUACAGUUGUGCCUACAGCUUUUUGUGCCGGAGUGUGGCAGUAGACAGCAGUAAUCAGGUGGCAGCGUUACAGCUUAACCAUAAGACCGAACUUCUCCUGCAAACAUCCACAACCUCAUUCCUGCUGUACAAAGUGUAUGCAGUGCCUGCCGAAGAGUUCUCCACUGUUUAUGUUCAACCCAAGGUGCUUUGUGUCUCCACUCAUGGCCGCUUCACCGAAGACAGUCGGCACUGUGUUCUGAGGCAGUUCGACAAGCCAAUAUCCGCCUGGAUUCUCUACGCUGCCCGUGAUGGUCUACUGUCAUCCCCACGAGUUGUCGCUCCCCAGCGAGAGGAUGAUGAGGAUUCGAGGAGGAGACGACAGACCGGGGUUUUUCCAGUCCAUGAACCGCACAGUGCUGGGAUACUGCUUAAAUUCCCUCAGACGGAAAUCAAUUUCACCCCCAGGGUGCCCCUCCCAGGCAGGUACGUGGUGGUGGUCCAUUAUCACCAGCCUGAACACACCCCCUUCCCCGUGGAGGUCCGGGUGGACGCUGGACGUGACUGGAGGGGUUCAAUAAAUGCAUCCUACUGCCCUGCAGUCUCAGGCUGCAGGGAGGUUGUCGUUGCUGACGGACGCAUUGCUCUUGACUUGGACCAUGAUUCUUGGCGGCUGCCCACCAUCUCUGUGAUCGUGCCAUCAAGGAAGACCCUUUUUCUGGAUUAUAUCUUGUUGGUCCCUGAUAGAAGUUACACCCCUGAUCUCCUGAAAGAGAGGCCGCUGGAUAACUCUGCAGAUUUCAUUCAGCAAUGUAGAGGAGAAGGGUUCUAUAUUGACCUGAGAACUUCUUCUCAGUUCUGCAGAGACUCUGCCCGCUCACUCGUGGCAGCCUAUAAUGACGGAGCUCUGCCUUGCAACUGUGAUGAGUCCGGCUCGACAGGAUCCACUUGUGAUGCAGUUGGAGGACAGUGUCCCUGCAGGCAGCACAUCAUUGGUCGACAGUGCACAAAGUGCGCCACUGGAUACUAUGGCUUCCCUUACUGCAGACCGUGUGAAUGCGGUCGGCGAUUGUGUGACGAGGUGACGGGAAGCUGUAUCUGCCCUCCACAGACUGUCAAACCGGCCUGCGAUGUGUGUCAGACUCAGACUUUCAACUACCACCCUUUACUGGGCUGCGAGGGCUGUGAAUGUUCCCCAAAUGGCAUCAAAGCUAAUGCAGGACCUGAAUGUGAACGCACCACUGGACAGUGCAGUUGCAAGCCUCGGAUUGCGGGCCGGAAGUGUGACCGCUGUGCUGCAGGUUACUAUCGCUUUCCCGACUGUUUACCUUGUAACUGUAAACAAGGUGGUGUCACUCCUGAGGUGUGCCACCCAGACACGGGGAGGUGUCUCUGCAAGAGAAACGUAGCUGGUGUCAGGUGCGAUACCUGUCGGGAAGGUUCCUUCUAUUUUGACCACUCCAACUCUCAUGGCUGUACCAGCUGCUUCUGCUUCGGGGCCACUGACAAGUGUCAGAGCUCCAGCAAACGCAGGGGGAAGUCCGUUGAGAUGCGGGGCUGGCGUUUGAUACGACCUGACCAGGAGGAGGUUCCCUCUGUGCUGAACACAGCCAGUAACACAGUGGUGUCUGACAUCCAGGAGCUUCCUCCCACCGUUCAGACUCUACACUGGGUGGCACCACAGUCCUACCUGGGAGACAGAGUUACAUCAUAUGGUGGUUUCCUUACCUACCAGUCCAAAUCUUUUGGGAUUCCCAGUGAGGGCAUGACUCUGAUGGACAGAAGACCUGAUGUCGUGCUGACUGGUCGGAAUAUGACCCUGAUCCACAUGGCUCCACACGUCCCUCUUCCUGACAGGUUGUAUCAGGGCAGAGUCCAUCUUGUGGAGGGAAAUUGGCGCCAUGCUGUCACCAACAGGCCUGUGACCAGAGAGGAGUUCAUGAUGGUCCUAGCUGGACUGGUGGGCUUGAGGAUCCAAGCCUUGUACUUCACUCAGAGCCAGCGGCUAAGCCUGGGGGAAGUGGGCUUGGAGGAGGCAACUAACACAGGGGCGGGGGGUCCUGGAAACACUGUGGAGCAUUGUUCCUGCCCCCCUCAGUACACCGGGGAUUCCUGUGAGAAAUGUGCCCCUGGUUUCUACAGAGACGGCAGCAGACCCUUCCUGGGCCACUGUGUGCCCUGUGAGUGCAAUGGUCUGUCUGAUGAGUGUGAAGAGAAGUCAGGGAGGUGCCUGAAAUGUCAGUACAACACAGCAGGUGACCAGUGUGAACACUGCAAAGAAGGUUACUAUGGAAACGCGGCUCAGAGGACAUGCAGAGUGUGCCCGUGCCCGUUCGGCGUGCCCACAAACAGUUUUGCAAUCGGUUGCAGAGAGGUGUUUGGCGACAUCCGGUGUGUCUGCAGAUUAGGCUAUGCUGGAGAAAAGUGUGAGAGAUGUGCUCCUGGUUACUAUGGUGAUCCACUGACACCAGGAGGAAGUUGUAAACCCUGUAACUGCAACGGCAAUGGUAACAACUGUGAUCCCCGGACUGGAGUUUGCAAGAACACACUGGAACCGGGAGACACAAACACAGAUGAGCACUGCAAAGAGUGUGACAGUUGUGCCCAGACAUUACUGCAUGAUCUGGAGAAGCUGGACGACGAGCUGGGACGGAUCAAAGGUCAGCUGGACAACGCCACUGCCAGCGCCUCCUCUCAGGAUAAGCUGAAGAGCCUGGAGAAGGCCAUGUCAGACACCAAGAUUCUUGUCAACAAAUUCAACUCUGCCAUCCAAACACAAAAGUCCCGACUCAACCAGCUGGAGGAGGACACAAGCACUCUCGUAGAUGACAUCAGCUCCCUCAAAGUAAAGGCAAAUACAAGGGCUGCUGAUGCUAACAAGGCAGUGGCAGAAGUUGAGAAAACCCACAAGAAGGCCAAGGAUCUGGACACGGAGAUUAAAAACAUGCUCAAGAAAAUCCAAGCUCUGCUUAACCAGCUGAAGAUGGUGGAGAGCAGCGGUGAUAUGGUUCCCAAUGCAAACCUGGCUAAAAUGCUAGAAGAGGCUCAGCGCAUGGUGAAGGAGAUGGAGAACAGGAACUUCAUCCCUCAGAAGACAGCUGCCGAGAAAGAGAGGGACGAGGCCAAGAAAUUGCUUGAGUACAUCAAGGCUAAUGUUAGUAAGCAGUGUGACCAGAACGAGGCUGCAGCCGAGAAAAUCCGCGGCCUUCUGAAAGCUCACGAAGCCAAGCUGAAGGACCUGGACAAGGCUCUGAAGGAGGCGACGGACUUGGUGAUGAAAGCUAACGCUGAGAAUGGACUCAGCGCUCAGGCAUUGGAAGAGCUGCAGAAACGUAUUGAAAACUUAAAGAAGGAGAAGAAGAUGGUUGGAGACCAAAUGGCCAUGGCAGAGGGCGAGCUCCAGAAAACUGAGGAUUUGGUGAAAGUGCUCACCGACAGUAAAACGGAGUACGAACAGCUGGCAGCACAGCUGGAUGGUGCCAAGACCGAUUUGACCAAGAAAGUGAAUGAGAUCUCCAAAGCAGCGGCCCAGGAGGACAUUGUGAAGGCUGCGGAGGACCAUGCUAAGAAUCUUAGCAAGCUGGCAAAGGAACUUGAGGAUUCUGUUAAGGAUGCAAGUGGACGCACUGAGGUGCGUAACGCCAAAGACGCCAUCGAGGCCUACAAGAACAUAACAGAUGCCAUUAAUGCUGCUGAGGCGGCAGCUAAUGAGGCCAAAGAGGCAGCAGACAACGCCUUGAAUAAUGUGAAGAACCAGAAACUCACACAAAGAGCAAAAGACCUGAAAGAGACUGGAGAUGACCUAGUGCAGAAUGCACGCGACGCAGAGAGAAACCUUCAGGGUGCAACUGAUGACAUUACGGACAUGAAGAAACGCCUGAAGAACGCUGACAAGAAGAAGAAAACUCUUGAGAAAGAACUGCUUGAUGCACAGAACCAAUUAGAUAACAUCAAGAGAGAUGACAUUGGUAAUAUGAUUGACGAAGCCAAAACGAAGGCAGCUUCAGCCAGUGAUUCAGCAAGCAACACUAUGGACAAACUGAAUGACAUCAAAACGGAAAUUGACAAGAUAAGUCUCACUCCUGUGGAUUCCAACCUCGGCAAUGUAUUGGACAAUGUGGACAAGUCAGUGAAGGACUUAUUGAAUACCAUCCCAUCCCUGGAUGAUAAGAUCUCAGAGGUGGAGAACCUUACCUCACACCUCUCGCCCAUUAGCAACAUAUCUGAGAACAUCAAGAAGAUCAAGGACCUCAUUGAACAGGCCCGGGACGCAGCUAACAGGAUUUCCAUCCCAAUGAAGUUCACAGGCGAUGGCUACGUGCAGAUGCGUCCGCCAAAGAACCUGGAGGAUCUGAAGGCCUUCACAUCUCUGUCUCUGUCACUGCAGAGGCCUGAAGGCAGGGGAGAUGGGACACGCCGACGCAGACAGAUCACACAGAAAGACAACAUGUUUGUCUUGUACCUUGGCAACAGAGAUUCUUCACAGAACUACAUAGGCAUGGUUCUGAAAAGCAACGUGCUGUAUGGUGUGUACAAGCUCAACGGAGUCGAGUACCAGAUGAAAACGGGUUACAUCAGCACAUCUGCGUCUGAGCCUGCCAAAUUCGAUAAAGUGGAUCUACACAGAAUUUACCAAGAUGCACAGAUGGUCCUCACCAAAGACAUCACUUCGAGUAAUCCUGGUGAGCCAAUUCUGAGCAACAACCAAGGAGAGGAGAGCAAAAACCUGCUGGACAUCAGCCCCAGUGAUGUUGUUUUCUAUGUUGGAGGUUACCCUGACAACUUCACUCUACCAGUUUCUAUGAACUUCCCCAAGUACAAGGGCUGCAUCGAGUUCUCCUCCGUUAAUGACAAAGUUGUCAGUCUCUAUAAUUUCCAACAGGCAGAGAACAUUAAUUUGCAGACUCCGUGCAAGAGGUAUGCACCGCCAAUGACUUCUGAUUACUUUGAGGGCACUGGAUAUGGCAAAGUGCUCAUGGAUAAAACUUCUUCCUACCUCCGCAUCAGCAUGUCGUUACUCUCUCGUUCAGAAAACGGCCUGCUCUUAUUCAUGGGGAGUGAGGACAAAUACUUCACCAUAGCUUUGGAGAAGGGUGUCAUGUUUAUUCAUAGUAAUUUCAUCGAAAUACCAGCGACAGACAAUGUGAAAAGAUUCCCGACAAACAACUUGGUCGAAAUCGACAUUUUCUCAAGAGAGGGGAAUUUUUUCUUCCGCGUUGACAAUAAAGAAGUGGCCAAAGGGAAAGCUGCGUUCAGCAAUGGCGAAUUUAAAGAAUUCUAUGUUGGUGGUGCGCCUCAAGACCUGAGGGAAAUACACAACAUCACCAUACAACCAUUCAAAGGGUGCUUGAAGAAUCUGAAGGUGAAAAAUAGCGCUAAAACUAUUGAUGAGUCAGUGGGUAUCAGCAAAGUCCAAGAAUGUCCCAUGGAUUCCCUGGUUUCACGCAAAGCGGAGUUCAGCAUGGGAAGCUCCUUGUCAACUCAGCUCACAGGCUUUAGUCUGGCUAAUGAUGUUACCAUCUCUCUCGGAUUCAAGAGCACAGAGAAUCAGGGGCUCAUUCUACAGGACAAACAGCAGGCUAAUGGGAUUAAUCUUGCAUUGGAAAAUGGCUACAUGAUUCUCAGUUUCAACAACAAGAUGUGGAAAUCUAACAAACAGUAUCACGAUGGCCAGUGGCAUUACCUGACUGUAACCAGUAGAAGUGGAAGGAUUGAGCUACUCAUUGAUGAUGAAGAUAAGGGUCAGGAGCAGAGUGGCAGCGCUUCCAUCCCCGACACAGCGGGCAUCAUAUUCCUGGGAAAGAAACAGUUCAAAGGCUGCAUUUCCAACCUCUACACAAGACGACCAGACAAUCUGUACAAGGCUGAGGACUUAAGCCCCUUCCAGGCUUCUGGAGACGUCCUGCUUGAUGUUUGUACUUCUGACACUCCAGCGCAACUGAUGCUGGACAGCAUUUCUAACAAGGAUGGUGUGAUGCAGGCGAUAGAUGAGAGUGAGUCGGCGUGUGCACUGCCAGCCCUGGUUCAACAUGCUUAUCGCAUGGGGGGCCCUGUUAGUAGCCUGAGCUACAGUCUCCCACUGCAGGUCCUGCUGCCCAGACCUCACUUCUCCCUGGAUGUCAGGACCCGGUCUCCUGAAGGUCUGCUUUUCUUUGCUGCUACCAGAGGAGGGCGCUCUCAUCUUGCCUUGUACAUGUCCAAGGGCAGGAUCAGACUGUCUGCAGGCAAACAGAAGGAGAUCUUCAACCGGGAGAAGUACAAUGAUGGAAAGUGGCACUCGGUCAUAUUCAGUUUGGAGAAGAAGAAAUUCAGGUUGGUCGUGGAUGGGAUCAGGGCCCAGGACGGUCAGCUGACGACUACUGAGUUGACAUCCAUGCAGCAAUUCAUGUCACCUUUGUACCUGGGCAGUGUCCCCGAAUCCCUUCACAGACAGUUAAAGUCGAAGGCCCUUCCCAGGCAAAGUGUGUCCGGCUGCAUCCGAAAUUUUAAAAUGAACGGAGCACUGAUGUCAAAUCCAGCCACAAACACUGGUGCGGGCCCCUGCUUCGAAGGGCCGACACAAAGGGGGGCUUAUUUCUCAGGGAAUGGAGCACAUGUUAUUAUCAGUGACUCCUUUGACGUGGGCUCCAGCUUUGAGCUGCUGUUUAACAUUCGUCCGCGGAGUCCGACUGGACUCCUGCUGCAUGUUGGUGAUCGCAGCGAGAUGCAAAAUGGAACCGCGAUGGGACACUAUAUCAGCAUCUUCAUGCUCAGAGGAGAGGUGGUGGCACAAGUGAACAAUGGAAAUGGGAAAUUUAUGGUGUCCAUGAAGCCAAAAGCUUCUUUGUGUGAUGGCAUGUUUCAUAAAAUUUCAGUAAUCAAGAGGAAAAAUGUUGUGCAACUGCACGUAGACACGGCGGACAAAUACAAGAUUGGACCAUCAUUUCCCACUGUCACUUCGACCAAAGACACCCUGUAUGUGGGAGGCAUUCCUGAGGUGUCACUGCAGCAGACGCUCCCCGUCACGUCGUCUUUUGUGGGAUGCAUCCAGGACAUGAGGAUCAACGACGAGCCGAUCUCUUUCGAGAGGCUUUCUCCUGCGUUUGGUCCCGUCAACCUCAAAGAGUGUCCAGGCUGAACAAGAGCACCUCUCGCCACGUCAUCGCUCAUCAAACCCUGGGACCACAUCCGCCGUCAACCGUGUGCAAUCUGUUACCAAUGACCGGGAAUGUGUUGUGUGUGAGGAUGUAUAUAUGGUGAGGAGUGUGUUUCAGUGUGCCAGUGGUUGUAUGUGUAGGUCUGUGAAUGUGUGUGUGUGUGUGUGUGUGUGUAAAAUAGAAAUAUGAGCAGCAGCUUACAGUUUCCAGACAGUUGCUGCUUCAUUAAACAUUUCUGUAUUUAUUUUGUGAGGAAAAUCAAGCAACAUGGCACAAAAUCAUGAAAGCAUAUUAUGCAUAAUUAGUUUUACAUUUAUCUGUCUGCGUCUGAUGUGAUUGAUUCUCUGUCCACAAUCAAAUGCUAUAUACUGGAUAUACUUGUGAUUGAUCAGGGUGAGCGACCCCAGCACUUUAACAAAAACAAAUGAUGACUUUUGUGAUGGUGCUUCAUCAGCUGACGCUUUUUUCUCUUUUCUUCCUUUUCCUGACUCAAAGGUUUAUACUUCAAUUUACAUUUACAGUGACACGUCAGGGGUUGCCGAGAUAUUUCAUAUCCAAAUUCACCUGCAUGUAUAAUUCUGCAACUGGUUCAUCAGAAACGCUGCCUUCCCUUACAGUAGGCCGUGAACUCACAGUUUUUUUCCACAUACUGUAUUACUGCUGUUCUGGAUUCAUUUUCCAUUUUGCAUUCCUUUUGCAUGCAUGGGGAUAUUCUGUGUGGCUGCUGAGACCAGUUACACCAGAAAAAAGCAUGUACUGAAUUUUGUAGAGCAAAUUGUCUUUAAGUUGAGAAAUCAAUUGACUGUAGAUACCAUGAAUCUUGUAAGUAAUGUUUGGGACCAUUCAUCCCAUAUUACUAUAAAGAUAAUCGUUAAGUUGUAUUUUUAUAUCUGUAAAUUCUCCAGCAAGUGACUGACCUGCUUUGUAUAUUUACACCAAACUUUGUGAUAUGAGGAAAAAAAUUAUGCAUGAUUGGUAAUAUUGUACAGGCAUUCCUGUGUUGCGACCACUCACUUGUAAACAGUUUUUGUAACCUGUACUUUAUAAAUACUUUUUGUGCCAUAAGUAGGUCUUUACAUUUUUGUGUAAUUUUGGUGACAAAAACUCAACAUUAUUUCAUGUGCUGAAACAUGAAUUUUGAUCCAAAAAAAGUAUUAAUGUUGAAUUGUACUCAGCAACGUGUGUAUACCUUUGAUUGUAAAAUAAGAAAAAUAUAAUUUGCAAUUUUAAUGGGAA